CUGGCCUGCAGACAUCCUCUCUCUGUUUCUCGCUGCUCCUGGAGGCAUCUUCUGAGAAGAAGCCAGAGCCUUUUCGAAAUCUUGUGCUUUGCCAAUCUCGACUUUCUACACAUUCUUGAAUCCCAGAAAAACGCAAAACUCCUUUUCGAUUCCCGGGAAACAAAAAGCAAGAAAAUCUAAGGAAAAAAAGGAUUCUUGGUGUUUGCGAGUUUUCUGCAGAGGGUGAUUGGGAGAAGAAGAUUUGAAGAAGAAGAUGAAUAACUCGGUUUCGGAUCGGAGUUUUUACGUUGAGAGUGAGGAGGAAGAUGAUGUGGAAAAGGACUUCAAUAAGAGCAUUGAAGAUGGAGGCGACUCGGAUUCUUCUGCCGAAUCUUUUACUGAGAAUCAGCAGCCGAAUAAUCCCAGUUCUUACAACACUCAAUGGCCUCAAAGUUACAGGCAAUCUAUUGAUCUGUAUAGUAGUGUACCGUCCCCUGGUAUUGGGUUUCUGGGCACUCCUUCAUUGUCAAGACUAGGAAGUUCGUAUCUUUCCUCAUCCCUAACAAGAAGGCACACUCCCGAAACUUUACCUUUCUUGCCGAAACCAUUACCAACACUCGCAGAUAAGGAACAACAACAACAGCCGCAGAGACGCAGUUCUCAUUCUCUGCUUCCUCCUUUGCCAAGGAGGACUUCUGUUAGAAAAGAUGAGAAAGCAUCCAGAGUUACUCAUGACCAUCAUCCGAUGUCUCGCCACAGCUCCUUUACACAAGCUGUGUUUAAUGGAAUUAACGUUCUUUGCGGGGUUGGAAUCCUUUCGACGCCAUAUGCAAUCAAGGAAGGAGGAUGGCUCGGGCUCUUCGUUCUGCUUAUUUUUGCAGUGCUUUCGUUCUACACCGGAUUGCUCCUGCGUUACUGCUUGGAUAGCCAACCUGGGCUCGAGACAUACCCGGACAUUGGCCAAGCUGCAUUUGGUAUUGGAGGCAGAAUCGGCAUCUCGAUAGUACUGUACGUGGAAUUAUAUGCUUGUUGCAUAGAAUAUAUAAUUUUGGAGAGUGAUAACUUGUCUUCACUAUUUCCAAAUGCACAACUGAGUUUGGGCGGAUUCGUGUUAGAUGCUCACCUUUUAUUUGCAAUUGCGACCACCCUUGCUGUUCUUCCUACUGUAUGGCUUCGAGACCUCAGUGUUCUUAGCUAUAUCUCAGCGGGUGGAGUCAUUGCAUCAAUCUUGGUUUCCCUUUGCCUCUUUUGGGUUGGUCUAGUAGAUGGAGUUGGCUUUGAGAACAAAGGGACACCCCUGAACCUUGCAACGCUUCCUGUUGCUAUGGGACUCUAUGGUUACUGCUACUCAGGACAUGCUGUUUUCCCAAACAUUUAUACUUCAUUGGAAAAGCGAAACCAAUACCCUGCGAUCAUCUUAACAUGUUUUUGUAUUUGCACUUUCUUGUACGCUGGAGUUGCUGCUGUGGGUUACACGAUGUUUGGAGAAUCAAUACAGUCGCAGUUCACUCUCAACAUGCCUCACAAUUUAGUCGCAUCUAAGAUUGCUCUGUGGACUACGGUGGUCAACCCCUUUACCAAAUAUGCAUUAACUAUGUCUCCCGUUGCAAUGAGUCUGGAGGAGCUGGUACCAGCAAACAAGUCUUACAUAUACUCAGUCUUAAUUAGAACGGCACUCGUUGUCUCUACCCUGGUUGUCGGUCUCUGCAUCCCCUUCUUUGGUCUCGUGAUGUCACUGAUUGGAUCUUUAUUCACAAUGCUUGUAACUUUGAUACUUCCUUGUGCUUGCUUUCUGAGCAUCUUGAGGGGACGCAUAACUCGAUUUCAGGGAACACUUUGUAUUAUAAUUAUAGCAGUAGGCGUCGUGUCGUCUGCCUUCGGCACGUUUUCGGCCAUUUCGAAAAUUGUUGAGAACUUGCGAAGCCCUGCAUAGCUGAAGUAUCUAUAAUCUCGUGGCGUUCGUUCACAGUUUUGAGUUGUCUUUAAAUUUGUAUCCUGCAUUCCUUAUCUUGUUUUCCAGUUUAUAUUGCUUGAAGUAAUAUUACACUUUGCUACGCCAAUCAAUAAGUUAGUAUAAUUAUAUAUCCACAAUUUGAGUAGUG